UUCAAAUUUUCUGGAAAGGUGUACGUACCGUCCACGAAGAUUGUCACGCUUUCCUUUUAUUUUAAUUUGUUACCUUUUCAUAAGGAAGCUAUUAAUUUUAUUUAUAUUUUUGUAUUAAGUAGCCCUAAAAUUUAAGUAGAAACUACAAAAUGAGUACGAUAUUGGAGAAAAUUGCGGCUAUAGAGUCCGAGAUGGCUCGAACGCAAAAAAAUAAAGCAACAGCGUUGCAUUUGGGCUUACUCAAGGCCCGGCUCGCUAAAUUGAGACGUGAACUGAUCACCCCCAAGGGUGGCGGCGGUGCUACUGGCGAAGGUUUCGACGUCGCUAAAACUGGUGACGCGCGUAUCGGUUUCGUGGGCUUCCCAUCAGUGGGCAAGUCAACAUUGCUGUCCAAUCUUGCCGGAGUGUACUCUGAGGUGGCAGCGUACGAAUUCACCACGCUCACUACUGUGCCCGGCUGUAUUAAAUACAAGGGGGCUAAGAUACAGCUUCUCGAUCUCCCCGGUAUCAUCGAAGGCGCGAAAGACGGCAAAGGUCGAGGUCGCCAGGUCAUCGCGGUCGCCCGCACCUGCAGUCUGGUGUUCAUAGUGCUGGACGUGCUGAAGCCUCUGCAGCACAAGAAACUGCUGGAGCACGAGCUGGAGGGCUUCGGGCUGCGGCUCAACAAGCAACCGCCGAAUAUAUACUUUAGGAAGAAAGAUAAAGGAGGGAUCAAUUUGAAUACUACGUGCCCACAAUCUGAGCUCGACAUAGAAGCAGUUAAGACCAUCCUGUCCGAGUACAAGAUCCACAACGCAGACAUAACUCUUCGCUACGAUGCAACCAGCGACGAUUUUAUUGAUGUCAUCGAAGGCAAUAGGAUAUAUGUGCCUUGCAUCUAUCUGCUCAAUAAAAUUGAUCAAAUCAGCAUAGAAGAGUUGGAUGUGAUCUACAAAAUUCCCCACUGCGUGCCCAUCUCGGCACAUCACAGGUGGAACUUUGACGACUUACUUGAGAAGAUGUGGGAGUACCUCAAGCUCAUCAGGAUAUACACCAAGCCCAAAGGACAGCUGCCAGAUUACAACUCGCCCGUGGUUCUGCACGCCGACAGAACGUCCGUAGAAGACUUCUGCAACAAGCUGCAUAGAUCCAUUGUGAAGGAAUUUAAAUACGCCCUAGUAUGGGGUUCAUCAGUGAAACAUCAGCCGCAAAAGGUCGGCAUAGAACACAUACUAGCCGACGAAGACGUCGUACAAAUCGUCAAGAAAGUAUAGACCGUACCAUCUACCCAGUUACAUUGUAUUACCUCAGCCACAAACUCGACGAGUGGCAUGGGAAGUAGGCAGAGACGUAGUGUGGCCACGCUACUGCCCGCCGCCAUACCACAGAUUAAUAAAUAGUUACUACGUAACAUAUACAUCAUUCCCAUACAAAAGCGAAAAUACCUACGCUAUAAUAGCCUACAAAAUCUUAAUAAUAAUAUCUGCUGCUCAGGACGAGAAGAAAUGUACCAUAAGUACGCGCACUAAGAGUCGAGACUGCCUUGCUCGCCGUGCGAGUCACGUGCCAACGCGUCAUCGUAAGAAUGCGCUAGGGUUGUACCUAUGAUGAUUAUUGUAAUAAAACGAAUGUUGUGAAUCAACCAUAUUUUUUUUUAGUCAAUCAAAUAUUUAAAAACAACACUUAAAAUACCUGACUCAAAAAUCGAAUAUAAACUGACUGAAUCUGACUCAAAAAACUCCUUAAUUUACGAUUUACCUACUUAUGUUCAAAGAAAUAAAAUGGUGACAAAAUUCAUAAAGAUUUAAAAUACUACUCACCUUUCUUCGUCUCUCGGCAAUGAAAAAAACGACAAAUUUCCUUUGUUUUUUGACUUCUAUCACCCAUUAACUACACAAUAAUUACGUGGUUAAGGCCGUUCCAUCGCGUAAGGCGGGAAACGUGCGAUGAGAGCGCUCAGGCGGGCAUUCGGCGGCCCUCUGUCGGUUGUAUCGUCGACGAUACGCCGAGCGGUAGAUAGCGAUAUAGCGCGUGGCCUUGAGCGAGUGGCGGAGGCCUUGCCAUACUGCCCUGCAUACUUCCCUCACUACUUCACAUACCUCUUUUCGAAUGUGUGGCCGGGGUAUAUGAGGACCCGCAUGCCGCUGCGGUCUGCGAGCAAAACAUCAUUGCAUGGGUGGUAUUAUACUAUUGUUCAGUUAGAUUUGUUUUCAAACGACAGAGUUAUAUAUUUUUGUGAGAUCAGAACGAAACGUGAGGAUAUGAUUUCGAGUGUUGAAAAUUAUAUUUGAACUUUAGAAGUAAUACAAAAUAUGACAGCUAAAGUAGAUUGCGCUAUAGCUUCAUUUUGUAAUAACUGGAUAAUCAAACAUUAUAUUAUGUAUUAAUAUGUGACGUUUUUAAGCAAAAGGUACCACAUUAUCGCUUGCCAUUAGGGCGGUCUGACAGGUUAUUCGUAUAAAGAUUCAAGCAAAUUUCGUCCUUAUGGAAAGCGACAGUGUGGUACAUUUUGAUUGAAAACGUCACAAAUGAAAAUUUGAUUACCCGAAUUAAAUUACAUUAAUUUAGUACAGUCGUGUUCACAAACAUCUCUACAACACAUCUCAAAGUGGUUUUCCUAUCCAAUUUAGGUAUUUGUCUAAUGUUUAUUUGCAUUUCACAUUUUUUCUUAGAGAGAUUGAGACGUAAUGCACAUUGGAUCAAGAAAUUGGACAGGUGGGUACUCUAACAAAACGCGUAUAUUACGACCGCUAGGUGGCGCAAGCGCGAGCAGGCGUCCGUUCCGUAGCGGUGCGCGGCAACUACUAUGGCUAGACACCAAACUUGGUGUCGGCCGCACGUACUUGUAGCGACGCGACGAAAUCGCCACGCCUGACACUGACAAUGAGGUCGUGUCUAUAUAUUUUUGGAACAUUGGCUUGUAAAGAUAUUUGUGAACGACUGUACAACAUUUAUACAAGUUAUUUGGGCUAUAAAAAAGGGUAUAAUAUAAACGUUUUACAUAACAAUAAAACGAUUAUUAUGUGCCGAGAGAAAGCACAGCGUCGCAUUAUGAAGAAGCUAUGUGUUAACUCACCUGUUGUCAGAUCGUUUCAUUCGAUUUCUGAACGAUUUUCGAGUUCCCGAACGAAACUGUCUGUCAAAUGUCACCAGAAGGCGCGAAUGGCGUCCUAACUUCUAACUUGUCAAUAGUAAAUAGUUGUCAAUGCGUACUUCACCAGGAAGAACCUUCCUGCGACGCUGUGCUUUCUCUCGGCACAUAAUAAUCGUUUUAUUGUUAUGUAAAACGUUUAUAUUAUGUGCCUUUGGAAAGCACAGCGUCGCAUUAUGAAGACGUGUUUGUUAUCUGCUGGUGACAACUACACACGCAAUGAUGAUUACUUGAUUGGAAUGAACACAAACAGAUUAGAAAGGAUAACCCUUUAUUAAAGUAUUGGACAUACCAUGGACAUACAAAAUAAACAAACUUAAAGCAUGAGUCUAUUUUUCAUAGGAACUAAAAUUAUAACACUCAUAAUAGUCUUAUUUCUCAUAGAAAUUAAUUUACAUGAGAUCAAAUCUAUUCGAUUCUCAUCGAUUAUGAUAGUAAGUAGUACGAAGGACCCGGGUAUGUCCAUAAACUACGUCCGGACCUGGGUAUGUCCUUAAGCUAUGUCCAAAAGAGAGGUAUGGGCACUGCGAAUGACAUCUCGCUUUGUGUGGUAGGGCACAGGACAGCGGAUGUCAUUCCAGAUCCAGAGCAGAGCCCAACUGGGGAAGUACCUCCACCUUACAGAAAACCGCAGCCAAAUAACACUAGACCCUACUCAUAGUGUUGUGUUCCUGCUGGUGAGUAAGGUUGCCAGAGCUCGAGGGAGAGGAGUGUUAGGGUCGGCAACGCGCAUGUAACUCCUCUGAAGUUGCAGGCGUACAUAGGCUACGGAGACUGCUUAACAUCAGGCGGGCCGUAUGCUUGUUUGCCACCGACGUAGUAUAAAAAAAAUUAGUAAAUAAA